UGGAGCAUGCAGCGCUGUUCGUGCGUGGAGGAGUGGAGCCUUGGGCUCACCUGCCAAAUGAUCUUCACCGUUCUCACACUUGCUUAGUCAUUUCUCUCUCAGCUCAGCAUGGAUCGAAUUCUACUUUACUGGAUAUGAGCUAAAAUUCUAGCGUUGAUGGGUACAUUGUAGAGCUAACUCUCCAUUACUAGAGCGAAGCAGACAUGGAUAGACCCAGGCGAAAUGUUCCUUCUCGCGUCAUCAACUACCAAGGCGGCUAUUACUACGAUGAGGACCAAGCCAUGCGUGCGGCCAUAUCGGAGAGCUUGUCCGAGCGGCGGCGGGAGAAGCGGGAGGCGCGUCGCCUGGAAAGCUCUGGCCAGGCAUCGCAUCACAGCUCGGAAACCAACGGGCUGGCGCUGGCCAACAGUGCUAUGCCUGGCAGUCGGCAGCCAGUAGCUCGAUUGCCCGGGCACACAGGCCAUGCACCUCACACAAACAAUCAUGCCAGGAAGUCGUCGGCUAAGCGCUCGUCUUCGGCCAAAGCCAAUCGUGCACGGAGUGCCACACAUCCUGCGAAUCCAAGCAGCCAUGCUGGGUUCGCUGGCAUUCCGCUAUCAGAGGACGACGUCCUUCACCAUCAGAUUGCUGUCAAGCGCUCCAUGCUCACGCCCGACCUCCGGCCAGCGCAGCCUCCGCCAGCUCCCGGCCAUGCGCCUCACACUGUGCAGCAGCUGCAUGCUGCUGCUGCCGCCAAGUAUUCUGCAACGCACAACGGAAUCGAUCAUCUACAAGCGUCGCUACUUGGGGUCAGUGGUGGAGGUGGUCUGUCUGUUGAUGCUGGCAGUGGCGCUGCCUGCCCAAGAAAGCCACAGGGAGUGUAUUCAUCAGUGACAGCACAGACUGUUAGACCACCUACAGGCUCUACGAACUGUUUCAGUGGAGUAGCAACUGCAGCAGCAGCACCACCACCAGAAGUAGCAGUAGCAGCCACGUCAGCACCAGCACCAGUGACCAGAAGAAAACACCGGCUCAAGGCACAGCGCAAGUUUCCAGAGAAUAGCCUAUCGCCUGGCAGAAGGACGUCGGUAUCGUCCAGUCUCUCUGCCACAUCUCUAUCAUGCCCCUCCACGCCAGGGCAAGAGCGUCUGACCGAGGACUUCAUCUCUUUCCUGGUGCUCCGCGGCCACCCAGACAUGCCGGCGCGUCUAGCCGCGUUCAACACGCCGCCUGUCACGGCCGACGUCUCUGAGUGCACGACACCGUCGUCAUCCAUUGGCGACGCCUCUCCAAUGCCGGGAAAUGCGUUGCCGGGUGCAUGUGCGUCUUCUUCUUCAUCGGCGACCGGUGCUGCUGCGGCAGCUGGUGCUGUUAGUUCUGCACCAGGAGCGGUGACGGCGGCAGCAGUGUGCGUUCGGCGAACGUCAAGCCAAUCUGGUAUCUUGCAUGUCAGGUCUGAUUCUUUACUACCGCGUAGCCAUUCUAUGGAUGUAGCAGGCACGCAUCGGGCCAUGUCGUCUUCUGGUCCUGCGAGAACCGCUGCCCCGCACCCGGACACGGUUUCUCAGCCACGGUUGCAGCCGGUAUCAUCGUCGUCUAGUGUCAGCGACGUUGACAGCUCUUCAAUAGGUUCCUCGGUGGCGUGCCGCUUGGACUUCAGCCAACAUCGAGAUGCUGGACUUGCAGAUUCUCAGCUGUCUAAGCUGGCUCCACGUGCAGCCCAUGGUUAUGCGUCUGGCUCUGGACAUCUCACUGCGUCGAAUACAUAUAACCCGUCGAGAAUGGGGUCAUCAGCGUGCGGCAAAGCAUCUGCAUCACCGGCACCAGCGCCCAACGGCUAUUCUGCAACGCUCUGUAAGCCAGUUUUACCUGCUGCGGAUGGUUCCCUACAGAAAGGUGCCAACCGUCCCCGGAAUGGUAUCACUGUGCACCACGCGCCGCUGAGCUCCAGAGCCCCGCAGCGUGAUGCACUACCGAGCCAUGCCACGUCGAGUAGCUCCUUGCCGGCAUCCACUGCAACCGCUCACACCAGUGUGCAGCGCACACAGCAGAGCAGCGGCAGUGCGGUGGUGGUGGCGCCGGCCAGUGUCUUUCAUGCUGUACGGAAAUCCAGCAAUGCACAGCCCUGCACCGAGGUGAUUGUCCUGUCAGAUUCCGACUCGGAUGAUGCUGCCCCUGAUGUUCACUCUGGUGGGUGUGAUGUGCCUGUGUCGAAGCCGGCAACUUCGCGGUCCCCGAUGCAUAAUGCCAGUAGUGGAAGAUCGUUAUCAGAUUCAACUAUCAACUCGACCACGUUGCACCAUAUGUCGCUCCAGCAAGGUCCUCAUCCACCUCCUCUUCGACUAGUCAGGCCCAAAGAAGAAGAGGACAAUGGGGCAAUGCAUGGUUCCGCGGCAGGAAUCCAGUCUCAGCAUGCCCUGCACCCAGCCAAGAGAAAAUGCCAUGCUAUCUACUUCCCGCCGGUGGAGGUAUCUCAAGCGGAUAGUGUGGGUAGUUGUGAAGCAGGCCAGUCUGACAUGCUGCCACUUAACCGCCUCUCGCCCUACAGCACCAUAGCAGCCAGUGCCAGUCCCACAUCGCCUCUAUCAUCGGUGGCAAACUCGCCGUCAAGGUACACAGCGCCGUCACCUAUGGUACAGUCACGCAGCCCGUCUCCUCAACCUUCAGCCGCAGGCAGUGCCUCGUCACCUGCAGGUUCGCCAAACAGUUCUACUGCAAGUCACAGCCAACCCCCGUCCCCUGCUGACUCGUCAAGCAGUUCUACUGCAAGCCACAGCCAAUCCGGCAGUGGGAAACUCAAGAAGAACGCCGGUCUCAUACGUAAGGCCCAGCAGCACAAGGGCGGCCUUUGCAAUGGCCUGAGAAAACCGCCAAAGCCCAAGAUGACGGUGCGGUCUCACGACCUACGCACCGUCAGUGGUAUUCCCAGCGUCAACACCAGUAUCACUACGCUGUUUCCUAGCCGAGCGUCCAACGCCAUUGACUGGCGGCCGGCGAAGCUAGAGACAAUAGCAGUGUCACAUCCACCGGCUAACGUCCUCUCUGAUCCCGCUAGCUGUGUACAGUGGCUGGAUGCACACAGUAAAGGCGUCGGCAUGUCUAUCAUCAACAACCCAUGCAGCACACAGCCACUGGACAUCAGUAAGGUGAAGGGAUGCUCUUUAUCAUGCGACAUGACCUACUGCAACCAGUACUUCCACAGGUGGCUAUACAACUCGCGCUAUCUAGCGGCCGUACACCACUACCUGCUUGGCUCUGGCUGCGGUGACCUGCGCAGCUCUGCGAUUGACUGUGUGCCGGCCGAUCUCGUUGCUGUCUUCCAGGCCGUUGAGAAACUGGGCGGCUAUAAUACUGUUGAAAAAGAAGGCAAGUGGGAUGAAGUGGCUGAUCUGUCACGCAUACCUCCCGAUGUGUCCGAGCGUGACAGGAGUGUACCAGAAAUCUAUCUUCAGUACCUGCAUGAAUACGGCCUUCAAACUGCGGUAUCCAGACACCAAGCCCAUGCUAUGGUAGACACAGACUUGAUCAAAGGACGUGAACCCAAGCAAGUGGACAUGACACAGAUGUCUUCGUUCUCGUGUACGUGUGCGCAGCACUAUGCACUGGCAAAAUGCAUGGGUUCUGCGUGGGAAGUGCCCAAAGAGACGACGAACUCCAUCGAGGAGGAAUUUUGGUUUCACGUCCUGGAUGGUACUUUGCAAGUACCUGUGUGCACCGGUAUCACCUUGGAGGCAACUGCAAGGAAGCAGCUGAGGAGCCCCGAGCUGAACAACAGCUGUUGGUCACCUGAAGCACUCCUGUCGGGCCCGGGCUCAUUGUUGGAUGGAGAUGUGUCCAAGUGGUCGCAGCACCGGCUGCAGAGUCGCUACAGUGCGGUGGCGUGGCAUUCAGCACCAGCCAGCAUGUACACCGUCUUCUACCACCACGCCGGCGACCCUCUAGUAUGGUACUGCAUACCUGGGGAGAAUUGUGAGGAGGUGGAGAGUGCGUGCUAUGAGAUCAACCCUGCAACACGACGCAAUGGCAAGUCGGGCGCGUUUCCGAAGAACCGAGGAUCCCAGCGGCCCUGCUUGCAUCCACCCAUCAGCCUGGCCAACAGGGGCAUACCUAUUCAUCGAGGCGUGGUGCAGCAAGGCCAGAUGGUGAUCAUAGCACCCAGGGCGCACGUUGCCUUUCUCAACACCGGUUGGUCUGUGACUGAGACAACAUACUACGCUCCCACACACUGUCUCCAGGCCAUGGUCAAGAGCUGCAGUGCGGGUCUUGUACGCUCUGCUCACCUUCCCUGCAACACUGAGAUCCUGUGGAAUGUAUUGCUGAAUCCUGCUGGCAAGCUGAAUACCGUCAAAAGUCUCUCCGAGCCGCUUGGUUGUCUAAGGGAUGGUGAACUGCAGCGCAGGAGUCAGCUAGUCUCCGCUGGCAUAAGCCUGGGUGUCAUGACCUCAAAGAAUCAAGAAAGUGGAGGAGCAGCACGCGACAAUCGCCAUGUGUGCUCUGUGUGUCGAAGUGUCUGCUUCUUCUCUCGGGUUACUGAUCUGAAAGAUCACUGUUACUGCCUGCAUCAUGCACUGGAACUGAUCAAGAACAAACCCAAGUGCAAGGAAAUGACGCUCUACUGCCAUGUACCCAAUGGCGAACUCUCUAGUGCUUUCGACAAUGUAUUGGACUUAGAGCAGCAGUCCAGGUAGCAUUGGAUGAGUGGCGGUGAUGCUGCAUCCACUGUAGAAAUUGUGCGAGUGUGUAUGCGCGUGUACGCACAUGUGUGUGUGUGUGUGUGUGUGUGUGUGUGUGUGUGUGUGUGUGUGCGCGCGUGUGUGUGUGCUCAUGUUUGUUGUGUGUAUGUAUACAUGUACACGAUGUGUGUCCAUGCAUACCUCAUCCUAUAUCUUCAGCCUAGUCCAGUUUCGUCUAGUGGGAGAGCAGUAAUUGUCUUGCACGUGCAAUUGUACAUGCGCGUUCAUGUGUGUGCGUGUGUGAAUGUGUGUGUGUGUGCACGUGUGUGUGUGCACGUGUGUGUGUGUGCCCAUACAUGUAUGAUGUAUGUGUCUGACUCUCUGUCUUUGUCUACCUGUCUCUGUGCAUGGCUGUAAGUUUGCGGACUGUCACUGCCACACCGACUGCCCUGACCCUUCAUCGAUAUUUUAACAGCCUGUAGCUCUCUGGCAAUCUGUUACAGACCUUCCACCUUCCCCUCUGGUCCUGUAUUUCCUCUCUUCUGUUUCCUUCUCUCUCUCUCUCUCUCUCUCUCUCUCUCUCUCUCUCUCUCUCUCUCUCUCUCUCUCUCUCUCUCUCUCUCUCUCUCUCUCUCUCUCUCUCUCCCUCUCCCUCUCUAUAACUAUGGUCAGUUGAUAUAGGAUGGCUAAUGAUACCACCACUGCUGUGAUUACACUGUUUUUACUUUGCUUCAGCUUGUGUUGCUGUGCUAUAUUGCUUUGUUGUUCUAUUUUUGUGUUGUACGUGUCGUCGUCGCUGCUACUACUACUGCUGCUGCUGCACUGGUGUCCUCUUGUUCAAGAUCAUGGCUCGGUGUCUCGUGUAACAUUGUUGUCUCGACGUAGUUUGCUUCCUCUAUUUUCUUGCUCGUGUGUGCCCGCAUUCUUUGGCUUCUUUCAACAAGUAAAUAAUUAACUCUCUGGUGUAAGUACAUGUACAGCCGGUCAACUUCGCUCCACGGAUUCUGCACAGGUGAUGGCGGUGGUGCUAGGAUUUUUCUUGGUUAUUUUUUAUUUUUAUUCUCGGAGAACUGAUCUAUCGUUCCCAGCUUGUGAAACACAACUUAUGGGUGAGAUCUUAUUAUGCUCUUUAUUCGAAUCCCUCUCUCGUGUGCUGAUGUGGGUCUCGCUUUACCAUCUUUCUUUCUUCUCAGUUAGGUUUUACGCGCUCGGAUUCAACAUAGCGCUGUGUCUAAUUUGCUUUGCGAUAUCAGAAUGUGCUGGUCAUGUUAAUAUAUCCUUCCAUCUCUA